AUAAAAAGUGGCGGAGAGGGCGCGAGCAGAACUGGGCACUUGAGGGCUCCGAGCGACAGGACGAUGGCCCUGGCUGUGCUGCGGUGAGGCACCCAGGGGACCAUGAAGGGCAAUGGCAGCGAGCUGCUCAAUGCCACUCAGCAGGCUCCAGGCGGCGGGGAGGGAGGGAGACCUCGACCAUCGUGGCUGGCCUCAACACUGGCCUUCAUCCUCAUCUUUACCAUCGUGGUGGACAUUCUGGGCAACCUGCUGGUCAUCCUGUCUGUGUACCGCAACAAGAAGCUCAGGAACUCAGGGAAUAUAUUUGUGGUGAGUUUAGCUGUGGCAGACCUCGUGGUGGCUAUUUACCCUUAUCCCUUGGUGCUGACAUCUAUCCUUAACAAUGGAUGGAAUCUGGGAUAUCUGCACUGUCAAAUCAGCGCAUUUCUAAUGGGCUUGAGUGUCAUCGGCUCAAUAUUCAACAUCACAGGGAUCGCUAUGAACCGUUACUGCUACAUUUGCCACAGCCUCAAGUACGACAAAAUAUACAGUAACAAGAACUCGCUCUGCUACGUGUUCCUGAUAUGGAUGCUGACACUCAUUGCCAUCAUGCCCAACCUGCAAACCGGAACUCUCCAGUACGAUCCCCGGAUCUACUCCUGUACCUUCACCCAGUCUGUCAGCUCGGCGUACACGAUAGCUGUGGUGGUUUUCCAUUUCAUCGUGCCUAUGAUUAUUGUCAUCUUCUGCUACUUAAGGAUAUGGGUCCUGGUCCUUCAGGUCAGACGGAGGGUGAAACCGGACAACAAGCCCAAACUGAAGCCCCAGGACUUCAGGAACUUUCUCACCAUGUUCGUAGUUUUUGUACUUUUUGCCAUUUGCUGGGCCCCACUCAACCUCAUAGGUCUUAUUGUGGCCUCGGACCCUGCCACCAUGGUCCCCAGGAUCCCAGAGUGGCUGUUCGUGGCUAGUUACUACCUGGCGUACUUCAACAGCUGCCUCAAUGCAAUUAUAUACGGACUACUGAAUCAGAAUUUCAGAAAAGAAUACAAAAAGAUUAUUGUCUCGUUGUGCACAGCCAAGAUGUUCUUUGUGGACAGUUCAAAUGACGAAGCAGAUAAGAUUAAAUGUAAGCCCUCUCCACUAAUACCCAAUAAUAACUUAAAGGUGGACUCUGUUUGAAAAGCCAGUGGUGCUAGCAGAUUAUCCACACUGGUUGGGGUCUUACUGCUCUCCUUGUUUGCUUUCUUUUGUCUAGAAACCAGUCUAUCCAACUUGAAACUCUUCAGGGUUGCCGCCAUAUUGUUGGAAAGGAUCUCCUGUCUGCCCCAUAAUCAGAUUGCUAGUAUCAAGGGGAAUGCUGAACAGGCACACCGUAUGUUAAAUGAACAACUUGUAUCAGCAGAGGAGGUCUGUGUGCAGACUCUCUCGUCCCUGGGGCAACCAGGUCUUGGGGGUUGCCCACAUUUAGCAUUACAAUACAUAGCAACAGACCAAACCUGAACAAAAUGUGGAAGGAACUCAAGACAAGAGGGACCAUGGGUACCUUCCUUUUAUUGUAAACGAGUGAUGCAGAGUGUUAAUUCUUACCUAUGGCUGAAUUAAAAUAGUCAGAAAAACU